ACUUGGGGCAGGUCCUUGGGAGGGUUAGAAGGUGGAAGGGAACUUGGUUAUAAAAUGUGAAGCCGACUUGCGGGUGUCCCUGGAGCUCCAGCUGCCUAGGCUACCAGUACUUUGGAGGGUGCUGGGACCAGGUUUGAAGUGCAAGUUUAAGGUUCUCGGAGCUGUGCUCGUCCGGCUCCGCCUGCCCCAGGAGCGGCCGACCUCGACGGCGUUUAAACUCCAAGGAGUGCCUUCUGCUCCCACCCGCGCCUCUGCCGGCGCUCGGUCCCCGCCUGGUCGCUGGCUCCAGGGGCUGGAUGCGCUUGCCCAUCAGUUCCCGCAAACUUCGGGGCUGCUGCUGAGCUCCGGCGCCUGCAGAGCCUUCAGCCUCCCGAGCCGCCAGCAUGCGCGUGUGGGCCCCGGUGGGCGUCCUGGCCUCUCUGGUUUACGGCUUCCACCAGCGGCGGGUGGCCCUGGCCGAGCACCGGGCGGCCGGCGGCCAGCGGCCGGUGGCCCGCAGCCUGCUGGAGCUGAAAAUGGUGCAGGUGGUGUUUCGACACGGGGCGCGGAGUCCACUCAAGCCGCUCCCGCUGGAGGAGCAGGUGGAAUGGAACCCCAAGCUUUUAGAGAUCCCACCCCAAACUCAGUUUGAUUACACAGUCACCAAUUUAGCUGGUGGCCCGAAGCCACAGUCUCCUUAUGACACUGAAUACCAUGGGACCACCUUGAAGGGUGGCGUGUUUGCUGGGCAGCUGACCAAGGUGGGCAUGCAACAGAUGUUUGCCCUGGGAGAGAGACUGAGGAAGAACUAUGUAGAAGAUAUCCCUUUCCUUUCACCGGUCUUCAACCCCCAGGAGGUCUUUGUUCGUUCUACCAACAUGUUCCGGAAUCUGGAAUCUACUCGGUGUUUGCUGGCUGGGCUUUUUCAACGUCAGAAAGAAGGACCCAUUGUCAUCCACACGGAUGAGGCAAGCUCUGAAGUCUUGUAUCCCAACUACCGGAACUGCUGGGGCCUGAGAGAGAAAACCAGAGGCCGGAAAAAGGCUGCUACUUUGCAGCCAGGGAUCUCAGAAGAUUUGGAAAAGGUGAAGGCUGGGGCGGGCAUCAAUGGUAGUGACGAAGUGGACUUCUUUGUUCUCCUGGACAACGUGGCUGCUGAGCAGGUGCACAGCCUCCUGAGCUGUCCCGCCCUGAAGAGAUUCGCACAGGUGAUUGAGCAGAGAGCUGUGGACACAGCCUUGUACAUCCUGCAACAGGAAGACAGGGAAAGUAUCCAGAUGGCAGUUGGCCCAUUCUUACAUGUGCUGAAGGGAAACCUGCUGAACACUGUGGACCCUGCCACCCCGCCCAACAAGACCAGAAAGCUGUACCUCUAUGCAACUCAUGAUGUAACGCUCAUGCCUCUCCUAAUGGCCCUGGGGAUCUUUGACCACAAAUGGCCUCCAUUUGCAGUUGACCUGACCAUGGAACUCUACCAGCACCAGGAAUCUAAGGAAUGGUUUGUGCAAGUCUAUUACCAUGGAGAGGACCAGGACUGUUCUUCUCCUGAGAGUCUCAGCAAGCUAAACAUCCUGACUGUGAGGCCCAUUUUGGGGAAGUAGCAGGUGUCGUUUGGAGGUGAUGUAGUACACAUCACUUUUAUGUGGGGGUAGUCUUUUUGAGAAAAGGUCUCCUUAUAGCCCCAACUGGCCUGGAAUGCUCUAUAUAGACCAGGCUGCUCUUGUUCUCACAGAGA